AUGGAAUCGCCGACGCUGGCAACGAGUCUCCUCUCGGCGCUCCUGCCGCCGGAUCUUGUCGACUCGAUCAACAAACACGUCCUCCAUCCGCGAGCGCCCAUCCAGAUCCUCCUGCGCCACGUCCUCGUCCAGGCGCAGAACCUCCUCGAUACGGCGGCCCCCAUCAUCGAGCCACUCUUCGACCGCCUCAUGACGGCCAUGGCCGAGAACCAGGGUCUCGUCGGCGUCAUCGCCUCUCUUCUCGUCCUCGCCACCUUUCUCAUCAUCCUCAACUGGAUCCGUCGCCUGCUCAUGUGGUGGACGCGGCUGGCCAUGCGCAUCGCGACCUGGGCCAUCCUCUUCGCCAUAGCCGCCUGGGUGUGGGAGCGUGGCGUCUUUGAGAGUGCCAAGGACAUGGCCAUCGCGGGAGGAAAGGUGGCGGGAUACCUGGCGGUUAUCAAGGACGUCUGGCUGGAGGAGUACAACAAGUACGAGGCCCAGCAGGGCAUGGCAGGUUCGGGCGGAACGAAAUCGGGAGCGAGGUCGAGAUGA